AACAACACCAUGAAACACCAAUUUUGCCAAACAACUAAGUUCCCUUACCCCAGCCCCGGCUUCCCUAAUCGGCUGUUACACCAGGAUUAUGACGGGGAACUGUGGGGCAGCCUGCAGUAUUAAAGGUAGCCAGAGGGCCGGGAAUACACAACCAGCUUCAGAACUACCAGCUCCCUCCAGGUGACAUCCGCUCCAGUUCACCACCAUGAAAGUCAACACCGUUGCUUGCGGCCUUCUGGCUUCUGCGGGUUCGGCCCUCGGGGCUCUUCAGCAGGUGUCAGGAUUUGGUUCCAAUCCAACCAACCUCCAGAUGUACAUAUCGGUCCCUGCCAAAGUUGCCGCCAAUCCUGCCAUUGUUGUUGCUCUCCAUCCGUGCGGCGGAACCGCCCAACAGUGGUACAGCGGCACCAAACUUCCCGCCCAGUCGGAGAACCUAGGAUUCAUUCUCAUCUACCCGCAAACCACAAAGUACAGCAACUGCUGGGAUGUGAACAACGCCGCUUCUCUGACCCACAACGGAGGAGGAGAUGCUGCUGGUAUCAUCAGCAUGGUCAACUACACCCUUCAGAAAUACAAGGGCGACAAGUCCCGGGUCUAUGUCAUGGGAGGCUCUUCGGGCGCGAUGAUGGCCAACGUCAUGGUGGGCUCCUACCCCGACGUAUUUGAGGCCGGUGCUGCGUAUUCGGGAACCGCGUUCGCAUGCUUCGCUGGAUCCAAGUCCGACCCGACGCCUUUCGGAUCCAACCAGACGUGCGCUCAAGGUCUCCAGCAUACCCCCCAGGAGUGGGCGAACUACGUGUAUAAUGCUUAUCCUGGCUACACUGGGAAACGUCCUCGCUUCUUGGUCGCCCAUGGGCUCGCCGACACCCUCGUUCGCCCGCAAUGCGCUUACGAGCAGCUGAAGCAGUGGUCGACUGUCCUGGGCGUCACCAACACCCAGAACCAGACCGGCAGCCAGGUCGAUGAGGGAUCCCAGUACACCAAGAUGAUCUAUGGUGAUGGCACGCAGCUGGUUGGUUACUUCGGUCAGGGUGUUGGCCAUAUUGCGCCAGUUGUCGAAAGUGUGCUUGUGAAGUUCUUCAAACUGUAGGCCUGGAAGGUGCAAGGAAAAGAAUGGAGAGG